ACAAACGCGUUUUGCGUUUACGUUUUGCGGCAAAAAGAAUCGAGACAUAUUUUUAAUACUCACCAUCGCGUUUAUCCGAGAUUUUUAGUUAGUGAUCUUUUUAGUGAUUUUCAAUUUCAACAGAUAAAAACGAAAUUGUAUUGGUUAAACUGAUGUUUGACAGUUUCAAACUGAACGUCAUGCGUCAUGGGUAGAUUUUUUGAGUAGAGGGUUAUGUCAUGUCGCAGCAUAUAAAUUAUUUGCUGUUUUUAUGAUUUAUAGUUUUCUUACAUAUUAUAUCUUUUCUGUUUAUAGUUGUUAUCAAACAAAAAUAUGCAGCAGCAGGAGAGUGAGCAGACCGUAGUGUAUUGUGAAACCGUUGAUGAUGUGGAGCAGACCUUAGUGUAUUGUGAAACCGUUGAAGAACUUCUGAUUAGUCUGGUACAAUUAAGACCAGCUUUGUGGGAUCAUCGAAUUCCAUUAAAGAGUCGUUCAAAAAAUAUUAAAGAUGAUUUGUGGGUUGAGGUAUACACUGCUAUGGGGCAAAUAAUUCCCCUUGAAGAAAUAAAAAAGAAAUGGAGAAAUCUGCGAGACAAAUACAUAAAGGUGAAAGGGGAAAUAUGUGUCUACAAGCCAAGUGGAAUGGGUGCUAAAGGUAAACAAAAGGUCUGGAAACAUUUUUCUGCCUUACAAUUCUUGGACGAUUCUAUUAAUCCACGAAGAACUAUCGGUAGUAUCAAAAUGCCACAGGAUAUAACACCUAAUUCAGAAUCUGAUAGUAGGCCAAGUAGUUCAGCAAGCCUAGCAAAUGAGACUCCAACUGUUGGUAGAACAAAAAGAAAAAUUACUGGGGAGUUAAUAAACAACAAAAUUCUUGAAGUCUUAAAUGUCCCUCCACCAUCAGUGAAUAUAAAUCCAUCGUCAGUAUAUGAAGGAAAUGCAGCAUGUGUGGCCAUAGCUGAAAUAUUAAAUAAACUUCCAGAGAGAAACAAGGCAAAAUUAGAAAUUGAAUUAUUACGAUUAGUUUAUGAUACAUAUGAUCAGUAUAUAAGUGAUUCUGGAUGUAGCAAUUGAAGAAUAAAAAAGAUCU